UUCUUUUGAUUUUCAGUGAUUGAUUCACGCUUGGCAAUGCUGUGACUGUCAUUGCUGGAAAUCCAAAACAAAUGCAUUGCAACGUUGGCGUAGGCUGCGCUGCGAAAGUCGCUCACUGGAGUGGAGUGAGAGCGCACAACGUGUAAAUUUCACAUAUUCUCUGCACAUUCACAUUCGUACCUGCUUUCGCAUGUGUGUCACGUAUUCGUGACUGGAAUUUGGUCGACCGGUUGUCUUUUUCUGACAAAUACACAGUCACCGCAGCUGGUAUAUUUUUGCUGGAGUCGUUUCAGUGCGCGUUCGAAUUUUGUUGACACAAAUUGACAUACAAAAGUAGGAAAGUGGAAAAUACGAAAAAGGCACAACGAAUUGCGGAAAAAAAUCAUAAAACAUAAAGGAAGAAAAAUAGGUGUGACAGCGCGUAGUGAAAAAUACAUAAUAACUGUGUUAAAUUGUGGGAACAUUAUAAUAAAUAUAUUGUGUUGUAAAAGCGCGUUGAAAUUGUGUUAGAAACGCGAGCAAAAAUCGCAGCAUGCAGAGUCCGAGAACAAAUGUAGUCAAUGGAGCAAUACAGUCGCUGCCUAGUACAUUGGCUCAACUUGCGCUAAGGGAUAAACAGCCUCCGCCGCAAUUGCCACAGACACAGCCGCCUUGUGUGCCCAACAAGAGUCAUCUUGUGGAAGGUGGCUCCUCGACCACCAAUGGUGGUGGUAGUGUUGGUUUGGCUGCCAGCGGCGCUGCCGAUUCGAACAAAGUGACCACCGAACUGCAGGAAAAGGAAAACCAAAAUCAAUUACAGCAGAAGCAGAAGCCGCCACUGCCUGUACGCAACAAACCAAUGGAAAUAGCGGGUUAUGUCGGUUUCGCUAAUCUGCCAAAUCAAGUGUAUCGGAAAGCGGUGAAACGCGGCUUUGAGUUUACAUUGAUGGUUGUGGGUGCUAGUGGAUUAGGCAAAUCGACGUUAAUCAACUCAAUGUUCUUAUCCGACAUUUAUAAUUCGGAACAGUAUCCUGGUCCGUCAUUGCGUCGCAAGAAGACUGUUGCCGUAGAGGCUACCAAGGUGCUGCUCAAAGAAAAUGGCGUAAAUUUAACGCUUACUGUGGUGGACACACCUGGCUUUGGUGACGCUGUUGACAAUACAAAUUGCUGGGUGCCCAUACUUGAGUAUGUUGAUAGCAAAUACGAAGAAUACUUGACUGCUGAGUCACGCGUUUACCGCAAGCAGAUUCCGGACAAUCGCGUACAUUGCUGUUUGUAUUUUAUUGCGCCAUCUGGUCAUGGUUUGCGGCCAUUAGACAUCGCUUGCAUGCAAAGUCUCUCCGACAAGGUGAAUCUAGUACCCAUCAUCUCCAAAGCAGACACAAUGACACCCGACGAGGUGCAUCUAUUUAAAAAACAGAUACUCAAUGAAAUUGCACAACAUAAAAUCAAAAUUUACGAUUUUCCACCAACAAUGGAAGAUGAUGCAGAAGACUCCAAGACCACACAGAAUUUACGAGUACGCGUACCAUUCGCUGUCGUUGGUGCCAAUUCCAUAAUCGAAAUGGACGGCAAAAAGGUACGUGGUCGCCGCUAUCCAUGGGGUUUGGUUGAAGUGGAAAAUCUAGGUCACUGCGACUUCAUUGCGCUUCGCAACAUGGUUAUACGCACACACUUACAGGAUUUGAAGGAUGUCACCAACAAUGUCCACUACGAAAAUUAUCGUUGUCGCAAAUUGUCUGAACUUGGUCUAGUCGAUGGCAAGGCACGUUUGUCCAAUAAGAACCCCUUGACACAAAUGGAGGAAGAAAAACGCGAGCAUGAAUUGAAGAUGAAAAAAAUGGAGGCUGAAAUGGAACAGGUCUUCGAUAUGAAAGUUAAAGAGAAAAUGCAGAAACUUAAAGAUUCCGAAUUAGAGUUAGCGCGACGACAUGAAGAACGUAAGAAGGCAUUGGAAUUGCAAGUGCGUGAGCUGGAGGAGAAGCGCCGGGAAUUUGAACGAGAGAAGAAGGAGUGGGAGGAAGCUAAUCAUAUCACACUCGAGGAAUUGAAACGACGCAGUCUUGGCGCGAAUAGCAGCAGCGAUAAUGUUGACGGCAAGAAAGAGAAGAAGAAGAAAGGGCUGUUCUAAAGUUGGAAGCAUUAAUCCUAGUAACAGUAUUUGAGUAACUAAAAACACAAAGAUGCAAAGAAAUAAUUAAUGAAAACAAAAAAUAAACGAAAUCAAAGCACAGCAAAGCAUAGAAAGACGAGAAGUAGUAGGCCGCUAUAAAAGCAAUGAGAUAACGACGAAGGUAAUAUAAUGACGAUUAUGACGAAUUGUGUUAAGUAAUGAAAUACCUAAAAUUGUAUUUAAAAUACUACAUUAAACAAAAAAAACAAGCAACCGAAACAAUACACACACACAUCAUAUAAAGUGACCCCCAAGUUUUCCCCUUCAGCUAAAACACGAGUAAUGUUCAUGCUCUCCUUGCAUUAAUUAUAACACUAUUACCUACUAUACAUACCUAUAAAUAUAAUAAAAAUAAACAUAUAUAAUAAA